AUGAAAAUACCAAACCAAAUUGUGGAUUAUUAUUCAAUAUUAGGAGUUACUCGGAAUGCCACUAAACAACAAAUUAAAAAAGCCUAUUAUAAUUUAGCAAAGAAACACCAUCCAGAUACCAAUAAAAAGGCACAAGCAAUACCAUCACCAAAUAUUAGUAAUGAAGUAGUAGAAAAAAAGAAUGAGGAUGAUGAUGACCAAGCCUGGUUGGACAUUCAGGAAAGUUAUGAUAUUCUAAGUGAUGAAGAAAAGAGAGCAGAAUAUGAUAGAGAAAUUGAAAUUGGAGCACACUUUGGAAGAAUUAUGGGAAGUUCGUCAUCUCCAUUUGGAACCAAUAUGAACACUGUUGUCUAUGAUUCAGCUAUGAGAAGAAAAAUGUACAAUAUUAUGCAUCAAUCUGACAGAUAUAAACCAAAGAGUGAAACAAAUGAGGGUGACAAUUUAAGUGAGGAAGAAAGAGAGUUUAGAGAAAAUCUUAAAAAGUUGCAUGAAAAAAAGUUGAAAGCUGAAGAUGAAAAGGUAACUUCACCAUUUUUUGAUGAAUCUAAAACAUCAUGGGAUCAGUUUAUGCAUAACAAACCAAAUAUGACAUCUUAUAGAGUAGAACUGGAACGAGAGAAAAUGAUUAAGAGAGCAAAAACAACAAUUCCAAUAGCAAGUGUAUUGGCAUUAGGAGUGUCAAUACUUAUUGGUCUUGAACUUGAGAGCGUCACAAGAAAAGAACAUGCAAGUGAUUUGGAAAAACAAAUUUUGUUAAGUUAUUACAAAGAAGCUUCAGCAAGACAAAGUAGAGUUAUCAAGUAA